CAAGAAAAUGAUCCCCUUGGUCAGUUUUACUGAUUUCAGGAGUUUAGGGGCCACGUGGUCUGGCAGGGAGGGGAGAGUGUGGCUGGGAUGUUCCUUGAAGAGGGUCUUGGUGUGCUGCAGUGACACAGUUCAUCCCCCAUCUACGCAAAUAUCCCAUUGGCACCGUGGAACAUAUGGCAUGUGGAGCAUGGACCUAUUGAUCCCAGACAGGAUCUUGCUGCAGGCCUGGAUCCUUUCUCCACAGUUUUGAACCCUUUCCCACCAAGGUAGAUCUGGGCAAAGUUUUUCUCCUCAGAGGUGGGAUUUCCUAGGGACUUGGGGGUGUGUGAGGACCCUGGGAAGGGGGAGAUGUGGGGUGGGGAGAUGGAGGGCGGGGUAGAUGGGGAUGAGGAGGAUGGGGACCUCCCUGUGCAUAAUGCCUCAGAAAUGUGGAUCUUUGUUUCCUGGCAGCCACAGGAAAAGCCAUUUCUGCUGACCUUCACACAGGAACUAGCACUCAGGAGGUCCCUGUAUCUGGGUGGUUCUGACUUGUGCUCUGAGUGCUGGGUUUGCUGCAAUCCUGAGCAGUCCCAGGACACCCAAAGGUCUGGGAGCAGGGGGAUUGGAGCAUCCUGAAUCUCACUUAGACAACGUGAGGGACAGGCACUGGCAUCCCGAAGUUGCUGGGGACUCAGCACCUGGGACUUGCCCAGCUUUGGGAUGCAACAGGAAAUAACAGCACCUUCUUCCCCCACGGGACAGGCAUCCCUUGGCUCCUGUCAAACGAGCUGGGUGCUGGAGGCAAGAGGGGUCUGGAGGGACAAAAAGGGAAUAGGUGCCAUGCAGGGGUGGCAUUUCCCCAUCCUGCAGAAGUGGUGCCAUGGCUGUGCAGGGCAGAACCACCCCCAGUCACCAUCUCUGUGGCCUGAAACCCCGAGCAGUUCUGCUGCUGGAGCUGUGUAGAGGAGUCACCGUGCAAAGCCUGUCCCCAGCGCUGGCUGGUCCCCAGGAGCUGUGUGACCCCCUGUACCCCUCACUGCCUGCCUGGCCCCGUGGUUCCUCCUUGCUGGGAGCUGUGUGUGAGUGCAUGACCCGGGCUGGGAGUGCUGAGAUCGGUAAGCGAGAGCUGGGCCGCGCUCGCUGCCUCCAUGUGACUGCAGUUUCCGUUGGCUCCUUCCGCAAAGGCUAUAUUGGUGCUCGGAGAGAGGGCGGGUGGCACACGGCCCCGAGGGUGGCACACGGCCCCGAGGGUGGCACACGGCCCCGAGGGUGGCACACGGACCCCGAGGGUGCCACACGGACCCUGAAGGUGCCACACAGACCCCUCGGGCCACCCCUACCCCUGGCCCCAGGUCCCCCUGAGGGGCUGCGGGAUGGACGGUGCCGAAGCCCACGCGCUGUUCCACGCGUGGCAGCUGUGAAAGUGCUGUGUGCCAAACACUCACUGAGCCCUCACUGCUCAUUUGCCUGAGUUUCAGCUUUUCCCCAGAUGCAAAUGCCGUCAGCUCCGGUCCCACCAGGAGUGCCGCCACUGAGAUGGAGGCCCUGCUCCCUGGUGUCUCCCUGCUUGUUCUCCUCCUGGCAGUGGGAUGGGGAAGCAGGAUGGAUGCAGCCUGGGCAACAUCUCCUGGGGGCUGUGAGCUUGUGCAGAGCAUCAUGGACUGCACUGGGAGAUGGCUGAGUUCCAUCCCAGGAAACCUUCGAGGUGAUACCGAGGAGCUGUUUCUUGAUGACAACACUAUCCAGGUCCUGGGCAAUGCCUCUCUGCUCCUGUAUCCACAGCUCUGGCAUCUCAGCUUGACCAGGAACCGGCUGGAGCUCAUUGAGCCCGGUGCCUUCCACAGCACCCAAGGCCUGGAGGUGCUCACCUUGACAGACAACCUGCUCUUCACCAACUACUCACUGACAGCCGCUGCUCUUUCUGCUCUGCCAGCCCUGAGGAUGCUGGAUCUGGCUGGAAACCAGCUCAGGGAGAACAUGGUAUCAGUUUUAGUCUCGAACCUCUCUUCCUUGGAGUCCCUGUCUGUGGCCAGGAAUGUCAUCAUGAGGCUGGACUCAUCCACCUUCACAAACCUGACACAGCUGCUGGAGCUGAACCUGGAGAAGAACUACAUCUUUGAGAUUGACAAUGCUUUUGAAGGGCUGCAGAGGCUGCAGAGGCUGAACAUAGCUUACAACUACCUCCCGUGUCUCGUGGGGUUUGACCUGACCCAGCUCAGGGUGCUCAAUGUCAGCAACAACAUCAUUGAGUGGUUUCUCACCCUGGAAAGUGAUGACCUCUUUGAGCUGGAGGUGCUGGACCUGUCCCACAACCGCCUCCUGUUCUUCCCUGUGCUGCCCCAGCAGAGCAAGCUGCACUCCUUGCUGCUGCAGGACAACAGGAUGAGCUUCUACCAGCGUCUCCCCAACGGCACCUCCCUGGCCAACAUCACCAUGAAGUUCUUGAUCAUUGAUGGUAACUCCACCAACAUCACAACCGUCAGGCUCUGGGAUGAGCUCUGCCACAGCAACCUCUCCUCCCUGCGCCUCCUGGACAUGAGCCAGAACCAGGUGUGGGGCCUGCCUGAUGAUUUUCUGGCUCAGAUGCCCUCCCUGACCCACCUAAAGCUCAACCAGAACUGCCUGGAGGCAUUUCACCUGUCGGAGGAGGACCCCUUGGCCACGCUGACAGAGCUGGACCUCAGCCAGAACCAGCUGGUGGAGCUGGGGGUGAAGGUGGGCACUGAGGACAUCCUGCCCAACCUGCAGCUCUUCAACCUCAGCACCAACAGGCUGCAGGCUCUUCCUCCUGGGAUUUUCACCCACACCAGGAAGAUCACUACCCUGGACCUCAGCCGCAACCGGGUUGACCUCUGUCCCCAGCCAGGUGAGGCCGAGAGUCUGCCCUGCGUGGACAUCAGGGGUGUGGAGACCUUGACCCAUCUGUCCUUGUCCGGCUGUGGUCUGCAGGGGCUGAGCAGCCGCCCCUUCCAGGGGACCUCGCUGAGGCACCUGGACCUCUCUGACAACCGCCAGGUGCUGUCCGGGGACCUGGGCUGGCUGCAGGACCUUGUCCUGACACUGCAGGUGCUGUCUCUGAGGAACACCAGCCUCUCUUCCACUGCUGUGGACUUCUCUGCCCUGCACAGCCUGGUGCGCUUGGACCUUUCUGGGAACUCCUUGGCCGCGUUCCCCACCUGGCUGGGCACGCUGAGGCUGCGCAGCCUGGACCUGCGGGACAACUGCCUGCCCGCGCUGCCACCAGACAUGGCGUGGCUGCCGCUGGGGAGGAGCCUGCGGGAGCUCUACCUCAGCCAGAACCCCUACAACUGCUGCACGCUGGGCUGGUGGGACGCCCUGCAGCAGGCGGAGGGGCUGCGUGUCCCCGAUGGGCGGGAGGUGACCUGCAGCCAUGGCUCCCGUGCGCUGAGCCCCGGCGCGCUGCCCGAGCCCGUCCUGCAGAGCUGCCGGUGGCAGACGGCCGACCUGGCGCUGCUCUACCUGGUGCUGGCUCUGCCCACCUGCCUGACCCUCCUGGUGGCCUUCGUUGUCAUAUUCCUCAUGCUGAAGAAGAAGCUGCUGAAAAUGGUGAAAACCCGGUGCGGAGUGUCCAGCCCUUACUGAUGGCUGAGGAAGAGGAAGGGCUCGGGAAUAGUCAGUGACAGUGGGUGAUUAGGAGUACAGGUGAUAAUCCCUCCGAGGUGGUCAAGAUGGAAACCUGAUGGAUGCAGGACAGGAGGUGCUGGGAGAGCUGCCAUUCCUGCCCUCAUGGUAUCCGAAGGGUGUGGGCCGUGUCUGGUGGUGGGGUGCUGGGAAUCCUCAAGGAAUGUGUCUUCAGCAGAAACCUUCAGCUGGUGUUGGUGAGAGCUGAGUGGACAUCAAACAUUCCUCAGCUGAAAGGACAGGUUGCCCAGAAAAUCUGUGGAUGCCUCAUCCGUGGAAGUGUUCAAGGCCAGGCUGGAGUGGGCUAGGAGCAAUCUGAUCUAGAGGAACGUGUCCCUCCCCGUGGCAGGGCUUGUAACCAGAUGGAUUUUUAAGAUCCCUUCCAACCCAGACCAUUCUGGGAUUCUGUGACAGUUUUCUCCAGCACUUCUUUCCCCCCUGCCCUUUUGGCAGUUCCUUUUAUUUAUUACCACCAAAACUCAAAAUGUCCUCCAGAUCUGCAGCCAGCGUCCACAAAGUGCCCCAGGCUGGAGCAAACAUCACCUGGGUGCUGUGGAGAAGGGUCUCUGUGGCCAGAACUUUCCACACUGCUCUUGCAGGCACUGCCAAACUUGCAGGCAACCCUGAUCAUGUACCAUGUGUGUGUGUGUGCUGAUAAAGACAGGCGUUGUCAGCAGGGCUGAAAGACACAUUUUGGGGUGUUGUUUCUUCACUAAGUCACAGUCUGCAUUAGAAAAGUCCAUUAAAAACAGCCCAAGUUGCAACAAUGGGAAAUAUGGAUUGAAGAUCAGGAGAGUUAUACCCUGUUAUAAAUUAUAUCUUUUGGUGAUAUUUUGUCAUGGAUUUCUCCAGUGAAUGGUGGAUUAAAUGUACAAAGGAAACGAGAGAAAUCCUUCCUCC